ACUAAACGUUCUAGCUUGCCCUACUAACCCGACUGAGUUCGCCGAGAUUUUACUCAAUGUUAACACUGGGGAUAAUGCACCCUUUGGAGCUUUGGAGAGAGCGAGGUGGUCAUGUGUGAAUGUUGCAAUAUGGUUAUGGGCGGAUGUCGUUGUCUUUUCCAGCUGUGAAGUAGAUAAGCAAUAUAAUGAUGGGAGCAAGAUAACGUAUCUCGAGAAGAAGCCUUGUGUGAGCCAGUGUUAUUUGGACUAGGAGGUGAGAAGGGUGAGCACCCAGGUGCUGUCAUGACAACAGUGAGUGUGGAGAACACAGAGACGUGGGAGCAUCACAAGAAAUUCACGGUGUACAAAGUGAUGGUGACAAGUGACAACCAUAGUUGGUUUGUAUUCCGGCGGUACAAUGAAUUCUACAAACUCUAUGAAAUGCUCAAGAAACAGGUUCCCAGUGUGCAGCUUAAACUUCCAGGCAAAAAACUGUUCGGGAACAAUCUGGAUCCCCAGUUUGUGCAGUCUCGACGGGAGGGCCUGAAUUCAUUUAUCCAGCAGAUCAUGACAGAUGCAAGAUUCCGGCAGUUGCCAGAGGUUUGUGAAUUCUUCCAGUUGGACCGACGUAAAUUGAGUUCAGAAGAAGGAAGUGUAGAAGAUGGUGAAGAAGAGGUUGGAGGCAGUGAUGUCACUAACAGCAAUGAUAAGCUGAACCUUGGACCCUCAGAAAGAUCACAUGCAAAGCCAAUCGAUUUUGAAUUCCUGCAUGUAAUUGGAAAGGGCAGCUUCGGUAAGGUGUUGUUAGCAAGGCACAAAGUUGAACGGAGGCAUUAUGCGGUGAAGGUGCUCAGCAAACGUCUUGUUGUGAAGAGGAAUGAAGCGAAACACAUCAUGUCUGAAAGAAAUGUCCUCCUUAAGAAUCUGAACCACCCAUUCCUGGUUGGUUUGCAUUACAGUUUCCAGACUCCAGACAAGUUGUACUUCGUGCUGGAUUACAUCAAUGGUGGAGAGCUAUUCUUCCACCUGCAGCGAGAACGAAUGUUUACAGAACCAAGAGCUCGAUUCUACAGUGCAGAGAUGGCAGCUGCAUUGGGUUAUCUGCAUGCACAUGGUAUCAUAUAUAGGGACUUGAAACCUGAAAAUAUUCUGCUAGACUCCCAGGGACAUGUUGUGCUUACAGAUUUUGGUCUUUCAAAGGAAGGACUGUUUCCAACUGAUACGACCAACACAUUUUGUGGUACUCCCGAGUACUUGGCACCCGAAGUUCUCAAAAAAGAGGGAUAUGAUAGAUCUGUGGACUGGUGGUGUCUGGGAGCUGUCUUAUAUGAGAUGUUAUAUGGUCUGCCCCCUUUUUACUCACGUAAUACAGCUGAGAUGUAUGAUCGUAUUGUCAACAAGCCCUUACGAUUACGACCCACAAUCUCUGAAAGUGCCCGUGACAUCCUAGCCAAGCUGCUUCAGAAGGACCGUCAUAAACGACUGGGGUCGGGUUAUAGAGGAUUUGAUGAAGUAAAGCGCCAUGACUUUUUCAAACUCAUCAUCUGGGAGGAUCUGCUGGCCAAGCGCAUUCCUGCACCAUUUAAUCCGAAUGUGCAAAGUGUGAUGGAUCUGCAACACAUAGAUCCUGAAUUCACCAGAGAACCAGUGACAGCAUCAGUAGGAUGUUCACAUUCUACCUGUGCAUUAUCUGCCAGCGUGCGAGAGGCUGAUGAUGCAUUUGUUGGAUUUUCAUAUGCUCCUCCUAUUGACUUAGAGUAAUGGUUUCUUUCUCUUAAAUGACCAUGGUCUCUUUUAAAACAACAGCUUCUGUAUCAUUUAUAUGCCAGAUUCGUAAGUGGUGGUGUGCAGAGUCAGUUUACCUGAAGUUUGCUGUUGUUUUACGUUCAUAACUGUUCUGGGUCUCUUAAUUUGUAAUCACAUUCCAUCUUUUUAUGUGGAUCAUAAUAACCGAAUACAGUGCCUUUAUACUGCCCAUCAGGUUUGUAAGUUGUACAUAUUGUCCCUGAACAAAAUUAAUAUUGGCUUGCUGUAUGGUUCUCCAAGGAUGUACCAUGAGUCUGACAGAUGUGUAUUAUAAGAAUAAUUAAAAAUUUAUGCUAAUAUUAUACUUUGUAAAAGUAUUUUUUCAUCUGGAUUAUAAUAACUGGAUACUGUGCCUUUAUACUGCCCAUCAGGUUCAUAAGUUGUACAUAUUAUCCCUGGACAAAAUUAGAAUUGGCUUGCUGUAUGGUUCUUCAAGAAUGUACCAUGAGUUUGACAGAUGUGUAUUAUAAGAAUAAUUAAAAAUGUAUGCUAAUUUGAUACUUUGUAAAAGUAUUUUUCAUCUGGAUUAUAAUAACCGGAUACUGUGCCUUUAUACUGCCCAUCAGGUUCAUAAGCUGUACAUAUUAUCCCUGGACAAAAUUAGUAUUGGCUUGCUGUAUGGUUCUCCAAGAAUGUGCCAUGAGUUUGACAGAUGUGUAAUAUAAGAAUAAUUAAAAAUUUAUGCUAAUUUGAUACUUUGUAAAAAUCAUAUUGUUUAUAUGAAGAAAGUCUCAUAUUUUAAAGCACAAUGGGUAAUUAUUCACAAAAAUAGGGACUACAUGUCAGCCAUUGUCUCAUUUGUAGCGUUACUACAUGAAUUAUAAAUGUUUAAUUUUCCAAGAAAUCAGGGAAGUCCCACUGUAGAUAUUUACAUUUAUCAGCAAAUAAACUACUUGAUAAAAAGUUUUAUGUUAAUUUUGUUAGUAAUUUCCCACAAAUUUAUCACUCAUUGCUUGCUUGCCAUAGAUUACACAACAUAUUUCGAAGUUACUUUUAUACAUAAAUGAAACACUUUAAAAUAAAUUUGUCAUGGGUUUGUUUAAUAAGUUUUGAAUAAUUAAAAAUAAGGAAAUAUAUGUCUUGACAGAAAACUUACACUUAAGUUGGAAUGACAAGUUAUGUUUGCAGUUUGGUUGGGAAGGUGAAAACGAUUAGCAUCAGUUCUUGUGUGUGGCCUUCUCCAUUCUAUUUCUGCUUGUAUAAUUAGUACAAGAGAGUCACAACAGAUACAUGCUGCACAUCUGUUAUUAAUGUUCCAUGUCCCAUUAGGAAAAGAUUUAAGAACCACUGUGCUGGCUCACAGACUUGUGUAAAUUUUGUGACAUUUCUGUCGAACAUCUGUGAUAAAAUACCUCCCAGUCUUGGCAUUGGUCUAGUACCAGUGUAAUUGACAUGUGGAGUAUAUAGUCUGAAACACUAUUGUAUAUGCAUGUAUGUAUACUCUUGUCUGAGAUUUGCCACUAUUUUGUAGAUUCAGUUGAUGACAUGGCUGUGUACAGAAGGGUGCUUGAAACUACUUGAAACUGGGUACAAAUUAUCUUGAAUUUUCCCAAAAUUAAGUUCUAGUUCAUAUUGUGUCCUUCUGUGAUUUAUUGUAUCUCUUGAAGUAUUUAGUAAAAAUCUUAGAAGUCAUUUGUGAGACAAAUCUCUUCUUGGCAUGCUUUUGGCAUUAUUUUGACCAUGUUUUAAUUCCAUUCCACAUAGUAACACCAACUUCAUUACAUCACCUCAGUAUACUCGUGCCAUAUUUCUUUUAAAUAUACUUUUCUACCUAUUCACACAUGGGUUUGAAUUAAGUCAGUCACAUUUAAUACUUCUGAUCUUGCAGAUAUGAGUGAAGUUGAAGGUGUUAGUAUUUAUUAAAUAUUUACUGCUUUCCAGUGACUUCCAUAUUUGGAUUUAGGGAGGUCCUUGACCUGGGAAGAAAGUGCAUUUAUUAGUCGUUAACCUGUCAAAAACAUUGUUAUAAAUUUCUUAACAGCAUGGUACAUUGAGGUUUUCUCCUCAAAGGUCCAUUCUGUAUAACUUGGAACUGAAGAUGUCUGUUUCUGAGGUGGAUUAUUAUUGAGAAUAUGGAAUGAAUUUCACUGUUCAAUAAACUUUAAUGUAUUGCAGUUAUUUUAGCACUGUGGAAUAACCUGGAGACAAUAUACACCAUCUUCAGCUGUUGUACAUUUUAGUCCUCACACCCACCAUUGUUCGCUGUAUAUUCUAUGAAUUUGGUGAUAUGUAAUUGAAGAAUGUACAACAGUGCAGUAAGCAAAUUAACACUGAAGAAAUUAAACCAAAGAAAAUGAAGUAUGUUGAUCAAUGGCAGACAUAUGUGUUUCAUUAGAACUGAAGUUCUUGUGACACUUAUAUCCUUAUAGACAGUGAAAUGGGGGAGGGGAAAAAAAAGAAGAAAAAAACACUAUCAGAUCGCUGUCCCCCACAUAAAUUGAACUUCUUAGUUGAGUUUUAUUCCAGUUUCAUGAAAGAUUAGUCUCCAACUAACUUUGAUGCAAAGAAUGGUGAGAUGGUACUCCACUUGCCCAUAUAUGAUAUGUUCAUUUGUAGAAAUUAUAGGUCUGUUUCAGAAGCACUAGCAUCCAGGAGAGAUCUGUUAUACCAUUAAACAUUUUGUCAGUUGAUAAGGAAAAAUAUUUUGUUCCUUACAUAUUUUUUAUUUUUGGUUGUAAAUUAUAUUGUGUUCAAGUUGUAUUAUUGCAAGGAAUUUUAGUUUGUAAAGUGUAUCUGAUAAACAAGUUGGAAAAUAUUUCCAAGAAUUUUGUAUGUAAAUAAUAAAGAUUACAUGGCACUUUCUUUUGCUGUCCAACUUCAGGUGGUGGUUGAGGUAUGCUAGAUUAAUUUUGAUACAUAAGGUGCCUGAACAGGAUCAGAUUGUACUAGAUGUGGUGAUUGCCAUAAAGUUCUGGAGUGUACAUUGUAACGUUGUUAUAUUAACUUGUAACUUGUUUACUUCAGUAGUAAGUGUCACAAUAUAUAUUACAGGGAAAUGUA